GGUGAUGAACGUGGUGCCUUCAGGUUCUUCUCCUGAUGCCCUUGGUGUCAUCUACGAGCGGGGGUUCAUCGGAACGUUCCAUGACUGGUGCGAGGCUUUCUCGACGUAUCCCAGGACGUAUGACCUCAUCCAUGCUGAUAAAGUGUUCAGCUUUUAUCAGGAUAGGUGUGACAUAACAUACAUCCUCCUGGAGAUGGACCGGAUUCUGCGACCUGAAGGGACGGUGAUCUUCAGGGACACCGUGGAGAUGUUAGUGAAGAUACAAGCCAUCACCGGUGGCAUGAGAUGGAAGAGCCAGAUCAUGGAUCAUGAAUCCGGGCCGUUCAACCCUGAGAAGAUCCUUGUGGCCGUCAAAACUUACUGGACUGGGGAGCCUGCCCAAAAGCAGCAAUAGUCGUUCGACGUCAUCUCCUGCAAAAGUCCAGACAGAAAACCUUUCUGUCGAGUCUUCAUCGACUGUUCUCUCUUAGCUUCAGGAUAUAUCUGUAUAUAGUAGGUGGGCAUUCGCUGUAUCAUCAUCGGUUUAAUUUUGUGGUCUCGACUCGCAAGCUGCGUUGCGUUGUUGCGAGUAGUGAGUGUGACACGGUGCGAUGGUGUAUACGAUGGUAUUCAGUCAACCGUUCCAAGAGGAUAUUUGCUCAUAGUUUUGAGAAAGCUGGCUCUGAUGAA